UAAAAUGUCAGUGUUAAUAGUAACGGAAAAAUCCAAGAGGGAAGUUAAGGAAUUGUUUAAUAAAAAUGACGAAAGCAUUAAACAAGACAUUGAGAUUAUUAAGAAUUGGAUAAGGCAACAAAAACAUCUUCCUGGUGUAGAAGUAUUUUCUGACGAUUUUAUAGAAAGAAGGUUGUUGGAUUGUAAAUUUAUAAUGGAAAAAACUAAGAGUAAAAUUGAGAAUUAUUGUUCACUUAGACGCCUCUAUUCAGAUUUAUAUGAGAAUUAUGCCAAUAUAAAACCAUCUAAAUUACCAAUGUAA